GAAGUUUUCACGGCAAAGGUGGGUAUACUCUAAGAAUAAUGUCUGUUCUUCGCAAGUGGGUAGUUUAUUGUGUUUCUCGCAGCUGACGACGCUUGUUCGCUACCGGCUGGUUUCGUAUCUUUUUGCGUCUGCCUCUGAUUGCAGAUGGCUUGCUUUGAAAGCACCAAGGGGAGUCUGGAGGAGGACAGCUAUGAGGGAGGUGUAGAAGAGUUGUCCAGCUGUGCCAUAGCAAUGCAGGGAAAGGAAAAUGAAUCCCUUGCUAGCCCUUCGGAGAGCCCGGGCACCUACAUCAGUGGCACCUCUGCAAGUUUUCAGGCUGCUGCCCCCCUUCAGGGCUACGACGUGGAGUUCGACCCACCCCUGGAGAGUAAAUAUGAGUGCCCUAUCUGCCUCAUGGCUCUGAGGAAUGCCGUUCAAACACGCUGCGGUCACCGUUUCUGCAAGAGCUGUAUUGAGAAGUCCAUUCGUGAUACAGGACAGAGGUGUCCCGUGGACAACGAAUCGCUGUCAGAAGACCAGCUGUUUCCUGACAACUUUGCCAAAAGGGAGAUUCUUUCACUGACUGUUCGCUGUCCAAACUCUGGCUGUGCUGACAAAAUGGAGCUCCGACAUUUAGAGAAUCAUUUGCAACAGUGUCAGUUUGCCACUGCACCUUGCCCACAGUGUCUGCAGUCUGUGAGAAAGAGCCGCCUAGAGGAGCACACAACUGUUGAGUGUGGAAGAAGACCCAUGUUGUGUCCAGACUGUGUGACAGAGUUUGUUUAUGAGGAGAGAGAGCUUCAUAUGCAGCAGUGUCCCUUUGCCAGUGUGAAGUGUCAGUACUGUGAGAUGGAUCUCAUCAGGGACCAGAUCGAAUCUCAUUGUGACACAGAUUGCCCGAAAGCACCCAUUGCCUGUAACUUUAGCAUCUUCGGCUGUAAGGAAAGGAUGCUGCGCCACAACCUAGCUCAGCACAUGCAGGAGUUCACACAGAUGCAUAUGCGCUACAUGGCUGAGUUUCUGCGUGGCCUCAGCCUGAACGGCACCACACCCAGAUCCCUGUGGACGUCGGGACCUUCCGUUUCUUCGGAGAGUGAAGUAGCUGCAGCGUCAGUAACGACAUGUAGUGGACUCAGAUCAGCUGCAAGCUGCGCCAGCAGCUGUGCUCCGGGUCAGCCCAGCGAAGAGAACCACAGGCUCAGAGAGAUGGAUGGACGAUUGGUGAAGCAGGAUCAUCAGCUGCGUGAGCUCAUCAUCUUAAAAGAAACACAAGCAGGCCAGCUUGCAGAGCUCCGGCGUAGGGUGUCAAUGCUGGAAGAGACAGUGAAGGAGCUGGAGGGCCAGCAGUGCCACGGUAUCUUCAUCUGGCGCCUCAAAGGGUUCUCUGGCCACCUACGGAGCCAAGAAGCGGGCAUGCCUGUGGUCGAGCACAGCCCCGGCUUCUACACAGGCCGCCCGGGCUACAAGCUGUGUCUGCGCUUACACCUGCAGACGCCCAACGCCCCACGCUGCUCCAACUACAUCUCCCUGUUCGUCCACACCAUGCAAGGAGUUUUUGACGGGCAGCUGACCUGGCCGUUUCAAGGGACCAUCCGACUGGCCAUCCUAGACCAGGGCCCAGAGGGUCAGCAUCACGUGGAGGUGAUGGAGACUAAGCCAGACCUGCAAGCGUUCCAGAAACCCACUAUUCAGCGCAACCCCAAAGGAUUCGGAUACGUCACCUUCAUGCACCUGCAUCAGCUGGCUCAGAGAGCUUUUGUUAAGGAUGACACGCUGCUUAUCCGCUGUGAGGUGACACCACGUUUUGACAGUAUGCUUCAUCGGGAAGGUCCAGCAGUACAGCCUAGAGGGCCUGAGGCAUCAUUUUCAAGAGACUGAAGUCAAACUUCAUGUCUUCAUCACCAUGAAGUGUACAGACAUCUUUGCAUUUCAGUAUUGCUCAGUUCAUUUGAAAGGGUGGUUACGAGUUUUCUUUUCUUCCCACACGUUCUUCACAUGGAGUUUGACAAAAGUGUUAGCUUGAAAGCCCAUUUUACCAGGCAUGCAGUUAAAGCAGGAGUUAUUUUAGAAGGGCUUGGAGAAAUACACCAGGAACACUAUUGGUAAGCUACUGAAUGAUACAAAUAAGGGUGAUCAAAUCAAAAUAAUAGACACGUCCUUUGAACCGCGGAUGUCGCUAAUAGGAAGAUUUUCAUUCACAGUCGUUGCAAAUUUGAAAGCUGCAUAGUACGUGGAAAGUUUUCCCAAAUUUUAAAUAUCAAUGUCAGUUUUAAUAGAUAUGUACAGGACAGUGCCUUUAAUGGAUUUUGAAAUAUGUUGUUUAUCUACAUGGUGCAUUCAUCAAGGCUCCUAUGUUUAAAAUUGUCUGUGUUUAAUCAGCUCAGCAGCACCUGCCUGGAGGGCGAUUAUCACUACAAGACUUUGCUUUACUUUCUUGUUUUUAUUUUUAUUUUUGUAGACAGCAGUCUGACUGCUAAAGAUACCCUGUGGAGAUGUUGAGCAGUGGUGAAACUACUGAGCGGUGCUUACAGAGGAGAUCCCAUUGUGUUGUAUUUUUAUCUCAUCUUCUGAGACGCACAAGUAUGCACGAGGCAACCGCUGCAUAGGAUGGAAAUAAUUAGUGCGUAGAAGCACUAAAAUAUUCUAAACGAAAAAUAAGUGUUUUAUAUAGGAGAAAUGCGUUUGGGGCAUUAGUUGGAUUCAAUGGCUCCACAGGGUACCUUUAAAGAAAUGCCACAGUCAGUUUUUUUUGUCAACCCAUUGUACUGUCCACAUUCAGCAUUUCAUGCCCCACUACUUCUCACCAGACUGCUCACACGGUAUCCCUCUGUUAUGUUGUUACACAAAAAUAACAACAACUUUUCAACAUGGAGUUACCCUAUAAGAAAGUUUUCACCAAUUGUUAUUGGUUGUAGUGCCUCUCGUACAAGCGAUGUAAGAAUGUUUUUGUUUUGUUUGUUUGUUGUUGUUUUGUUUCUUUUUGUCUCUUUGCUUUUAUUAAAUGUGCGAACUAGAAACAGGAAAUAUGAGUUGGAGGGCUAGGGAAUUGAACCCAGGCACUCAAUGCCGACGUCACAAUGUGCACAUUUUUCUCACGCCGUAACCACCUGGUACACAUAGAUUUAACCAACAUCAUGCCUCAGUGUCUUUAACUUAAAGCAGCCUUUACGUGAUGUAAUUAAUUAAUACACGGUGAUGUUGUUGUUGUUGUUGUGUUUUAGUCGUCUGCUGAUCUGUGAUGUUCCAUUGCUUUGGUCCCAUUUAAAGUAAUCGAUGACAAUGUUACACUGUAAGCUGGGUCAAUACUAGUAACUGAAUGAGUGGGUGUUUUAAGUGUGUGAUUUAUUACUUAUGCAGACGGGCAUAAAUUAAAGCUAAGCAUGCCGUAUUGGAACAUUU